GGAGUCAGCCCGGGUGAGCCAAACAAGAUCCGUUUGACGUAGAUAAAACGAAUUAGUCUCAUGUAACCGGUGCCGUAGAUACGUUUGUGGGGAGCUGAUGCGCAUUAGCGUAGUGCGUAUUUGGAACGGAUCGCUCAUGUAACCCCGGUAAUUGAUCGGACCCUGCCACUGGUUCGUGCUCAGGCUGCCUUAGCGGGUAGACCUGCUCGACCAGACGCCCCCACUGGUGGGCGAGUGCUCGGUUCCGACUUUCACCGCCGGUCCAACAGCGUUCUGCUGGUUCCCGCCGAUCCGGUUACGACACCGCAAGUGCCGUACCGACUCGGGCGUCCCAGGUGGGCGUAACGGUUACCACACCAGUUCGCGACCCCCAGGCUCUGUCAGCCGUCGUACGGCUCUCGGACGGACACUCUAAUAGAUCAGCCACAGAUCAAUAGGUUGUUACAGACCGUCCGUCCAGCCAAGCGCUACCCACAGCGCAGUACGACACCUUUGCUUUUGGUAGCAUGGCAUACUAAACAAAAGUCGGUACGGUGGUACUGGUUAGGGAUGAAAGCGGAAGCGGAAAAGGCGAUAGAGACGAUAAAAUUUGUACUUACGGAUUGCGCGAUUUGCGAAAUCAUUUGGCGCCAUUUUGGGUCCUGAAAACGAUUGCGCGGUUUCGUUGACGCGGCGUACCUCGACCUGUUUCCCUUGCGCGAGUUUUUAGUAUUAGGGACUUUGAAUGGUCACGGCUUGCAAGUUUGCUUAAUUGCUCAUUCAACAUACCAGCUGGAGAUCUGUAGCGUUGCGUUGGGUUCAUGACUCGUUGCAAAACAAUAUGAGCAAGGCCAUUGGGAAAACGUCCGGACUCCGGCAUGGGACGUCCUCGUCCUGGAAUGAAAUGGAUGACUUGCUGUUUGAUGAUUCAGUUCUUCAGGAAAGUGAAGUACCGCUUCAGGCUCAUGGCCGCUAUCUAAAUAAUAGAAGAGGCAACUCUAAACCAGGCAAAUGUCACAAGCCAAGGGCAAUGAAAGGAAAAGCUGGUGCUCAUCGGAAGAACAUGGUCAGGCCUAGUGACCAUCAUGUUGCAGCUCCUGCAGCAACAUUAGAACUGGAGUUGCAAGGGGCAUUCGAUCAAGAACAACAUCAGCCAUCUUCCGGUGAUCAACAUAAUCCAGAAGGGCAGUCAUGGAGUGCCAGACAGGCUGUGGAAACUGACAAUUGGGACAACAUAAGAAGUGCAGUCUUCCAGGAUGUCGUAGCUGCCCGCACAGUGCCAGCAACAGGGUCGGUAUGCUCAAGCUGUGGCUACCACGCCAGUGUUGUUUGCGACAACUGUCCAGUGGCUGCGUUGUGCCUGAAGUGUGAUGUGCAGCGUCACACGUCUCAGCCGUUUCAUCGUCGACGGCACUGGGUUCGUGGGUUCCUGGAACCCUUGUCGCCUGGUGUCUCUGUCUCGGCUACAGGAGAAUUCAUUGACUUUGCUCCCGUCUUGCCGCUGUACAGAUCCAAGAAGGUUUGCCGAACUUGCAAAGCUGAUUGCGAAAUGCAGGCUUCCUCCGCGAUGGUGAUUGUCAUCACCUUGCAAGGCCGCUUUGACCUGCAUGUCCCGGUCUGGUUGUGUGCGACAUGCGGGAUAACGACAGAAGUCAGUCACAUCGACUUAGUUCGCUGCGGUUUCUACAGAGCGUCUCCGGUCAGGCUGUCAACAGUCAUUCAUGAAGAUGUAUUCAUCAUGUGGCAAAAGCUGAGGUCGCGUUCUCCUGGAACGUCACUAACGGCCUACAUUUCGUCGCUCGAGGAGCUCGGGAAGACCUAUGGCUGUGAUAGACCAGUAGACUUCGAACGCCUGGAGAAGGCGUUUACGGAAUGGACCUGCAUACAGUUCGAACUUCAAGGCCUUCAAGGUUCGGACUUCAUGGCUUGCGAGGCGUGCGGUGCUGAACCUCGUUGUGUUCAUCUAGACGGCAAUGCCAAGGUCUACCGGUAUCGUUCGUCCGGAAGCAGUGAGAUGGAAUCUGCAUACCAUGUUGGAACAUUCAUCGAAGACAGAGAUGCCGUCAACGCCCAUGUCGACAAGAUGAAGAGCGUGACCAAGACAAGCAACCGGUGCGGGCUCUCCACUUGGACUGCUGGGAGAAAUGACGCGGAAGCACUGCCAUCCAAGCGGUCCCAAGAUGAGACUGGGUUGGUUACAGCCACAUGCCGUCACAGUGUCAUCCUGGGUGGUGUAAAUAUGUACAGAGGAGAAUCAUUUGCAUAUAGUCACUUUCUCCACCAAGAACGCUUCCCUCAUGUCCAGUACUUUGCGAGUGACAUUGUAUGCAAAUACUGGCCUUGGGCGCAGCGUGUUUCGAGAAGAUGGCCAGAAUACAGCACCGGCGACUCCAUGCCCUUCCUCAGCGUGAUGCAUGCUACUGGACAUGCGUAUUACUGCCAGAUCACGUUCGGCGGCUUCUGGCGGGAUGGUUCUGGGUGGUCUAUUAUGGAAACCACCGAGAUUGCCAACGCCUUCCUCAGCCGGGCCGCAAAUACGACCAAAUACAUGACGGCUGCACAACGCAACGACGCGCUUACUGGUAUGGUCCUCAAGUACAAUGAGGAAAAGCACGAGCGCAUGCCCAGACUUCUGGUCAGUAGGCUGCAAGAUGCCGAGAAAAGGAUCCCUGAGCUUCAGUGCACGCUAACCUCGCUGCUCGAUGAGCAUGGUGUCUCCCAGGACCGGAUAGCUGCUCUGGUGGAAGACCUGAGAAAUCUGGCUCGGGCGCUAAGCAGCCGCGACGUGCAGUCCGACGGCCGGAACCUGGAAAACGCCAUCGAGAUGACCAGCGACAGCCUGCGGGUCCGUCUCGCGGCGGUCACCAACGUGGCCAGCUCGGCCAAGCAGAGAAGGCGCUGCCGAAGACUCGCGACAACAGACAAGGCCAGGCUCGCGAAGCUGCUGAAGCGCUACGAGCGCGAAACUGGCGAAAAUGUUGCGAUGGCUGAUGCUGUGGAAGGGGUCUUCCCAUGGCAUGUCCAGCCCACUGAAAGUGGUGGGCUGACCCUGUCAGUGAAGCGCGCCAUCUGCGACACCCACAUGCGGCUGCAGCGAUCGCUGGAAGAGCUGGGGAUCGUAAGGGAGGAAAUGGAGCGCCUGCUGAAUCACUCGAGAACUGCAAUCGCCCAGCUCAUCCACACCCUCAAGGUUGUGGAAGAGCAGCUGGAUCGCGAUCAAGCAGAAAGGACAUCUCUCAUACACCUGACUGCGACGAGCAACCGGUAUUGCAUCCAGGAGGAAUCGGAGGCUACACUCCGUGGUCUCCGGGCUCUGAUGUGCCAGGCGAUUGCUGAGCGGCAGACGUACCUGGACAUUGCGCAAUCCUUGCUGCAGCAGUAUUUGCCAGGACGAGAUGAGCGCCCACUGUGACGAGGACGAGGAGCAGAAGGCCGAGUGCAGCGUCUGAUCGGCCUGUAAACCGCCUUAUGGAGAUAUUCCAGAGGAAGGUGGAAACAUCGCAACACAGUGCGGACCGUAUCAUCCAGCUACCGUUCGGGAUGCUGCCACUGGCUGCUGUUCGCAUGCUGCCCCCGUCUAGUGUGGAUUAAUACAGUUUUGCGCUGAGACA